UUCCGCAGGGAGGUGGCAGCAGCUGCGGCCGGGCGGGUCCCCCAGGUCUGUAGCCUGUGCUGAGUCAACACUACUCACAGUCAAAGUGAUGCCUUUUCUCCGUUUGCAUAAGAUGAGUGUGAAGUGGGUAGCCAGACCAGGAGCUCAACUUCAUGUAGAGUCCAGCCUACUGCUCUGAUGCCAAAAGGGAGGCAGAAAGUGCCACACUUGGAUGCCCCCCUGGGCCUGCCCACCUGUCUCUGGCUGGAAUUAGCCGGGCUUUUUUUACUGGUUCCCUGGGUCAUGUGCCUGGCAGGGACAGGUGGGCCUGAUGCCCGGCAUCCAGGGGGGCUAAGCUGGGCUGUUCAUCUGGAUAGCCUGGAAGCUGAAGGGGCAGAAGAUACUCUGGAGCAGCAAGCAGAUGCCUUGGCCCAGGCAGCAGGGCUGGUGAAUGCUAGGCGCAUCGGAGAGCUCCGGGGUUACUACCUCUUUGUCCAGCCAGCUGGACGCAGGCAGGCCCUGGAGGCGGAAGCCAUACGGCAACAGGCGGAAGAAGUGUUGGCAAGGCAUGAAACUGUGCACUGGCACUCAGAGCAGAGGCUGCUAAAGCGGGCCAAGCGCAGCGUCCAUUUCAAUGACCUCAAGUACCCACAGCAAUGGCACCUAAAUAACCGGCAGAGCCCUGGCAGGGACAUCAACGUGACAGGUGUGUGGGAGCGCAAUGUGACUGGGCGUGGGGUGACGGUGGUGGUAGUGGAUGACGGAGUGGAACACACCAUCCAGGAUAUUGCACCCAACUAUAGCCCCGAGGGUAGCUAUGACCUCAACUCUAAUGACCCUGACCCCAUGCCCCACCCGGAUGCAGAGAAUGGCAACCACCAUGGCACACGGUGUGCGGGAGAGAUUGCUGCUGUGCCCAAUAACAGCUUCUGUGCUGUGGGCGUGGCCUAUGGGAGCUGCAUAGCAGGUAUCCGGGUGCUGGACCAGCCUCUCACAGACAGCAUGGAGGCUGUGGCAUUCAACAAGCACUACCAGAUCAAUGACAUCUACAGCUGCAGCUGGGGACCAGAUGAUGAUGGGAAGACAGUGGAUGGCCCACAUCAGCUAGGAAAGGCUGCCUUGCAACAUGGGGUGAUUGCUGGUCGCCAGGGCUUUGGGAGCAUCUUUGUGGUGGCCAGUGGUAAUGGGGGCCAGCACAACGACAAUUGCAACUACGAUGGCUAUGCCAACUCCAUCUACACAGUCACCAUAGGUGCCGUGGAUAAAGAGGGGCGGAUGCCAUUCUACGCAGAGGAGUGUGCCUCCAUGCUGGCGGUCACCUUCAGUGGUGGGGACAAGAUGCUUCGGAGCAUUAUCGGUGUCUCUGAAGGGAUGCCACUGUUGGGACAUCCAACCUGAGGACUCUGGAGGAAUCUGCAGAAAUGGCUUUUGUCUUCAAAUUGACUUAGGACAAAUAUACUUAGAGAAACUAAGUGUCACAUUCAUUAAACAACUUC